AUGGCAUCAUCAUCGGCGUACAUGCAGCGCCCCACCACCGGUGGCGGCGGCGGCCGCCACACGUCUGCGGGUGCCAACCGCCCGGCCACUAGUGGCGGGGGCAGGGAAAGUAGCGCGCGGGGUAGGGCGUCGACGGGUGCUCCGCGGAACAACCCCGCGCGGAACUGCCCAUCCCCGCUGGACGUUAUCGACGAUGGCGGACACUUCUUCCCCUCUCCCCGCAAUCGCCCCGCGGAUACCUUUUCGACCGCCAGGCGCCACCUUUCCCCCUUCGACUCUCACCGCGGCGGGGGGCGGGUCGCCCGCAGCGGCGCCUCCGGCUGCUUAGAUAGGUACUUGGGGGAAGACAUGGCGGAGGCUGGUCUGGAGGCGCCCCAGAAACAGCGGUAUCCGGGGAAAGGGAUGGCGGAGAUGGCGGAGGAAUGGCCUCCGCGGAGCUCUGUGCGGCGCUCGAUGCGGCGCGCGGGAUCCAUGGAGGUUUCCUCGCUGAUGCGGCGCGCCAGUGAUUUCGACCCCCCAACCUCCCGCGGCCUCGCCGCGAGUUAUGGCACUCGCGCGGGGAAGGGGCGCGCUGAACAGGGGGAACACGGGGAUGCGUGGAACGACGCGAGCAGCCGCAAUGAGGGAGGAGAGCGGCAGGGGUUGCGGAGCGAGCGCGCGGACGGCGCGGGAAGAGCAAGGGUGUCGCGGGAGGGCGGGGAGGAGAUGCGCGAAGGCGGAACGGGGCGGCGGAGCCACGCAGGCGUGGCGGCUGUAGAUAUUUACCGGGCGGAGGAGCAGGGGGAAGAGGAGGAGGCAGGCGAUACGAGCUGCGACAUGUCGCCGUAUGCGACAGGCGACACCUUUGGCGAAAUGUCGCUCUACUCUACGGGCGACACUAGCAGCUACAGGAGCAGCCGCCAAUCGCGGUCCAGUCAGGAGUCCGACGAGGCGGACAGCGCCGCCUGGGGGGGGUGGGGCGCGCCGUGGGCAGAGGGCGCGGGCAGCGAGCGGGAGAAACCGCGGGUGGCGGAGCCGAGGUUCGCGGAGGCGGCGGGAGCGGGGGGGCGCGCGCGGAGGAUGCGGCGGGCAGUGAGCAGCGUGGGGGGCGGGUCGUUUGGCGCGCGGAGGGGAGCAGAGGGGGGGGUGGAGGAAGGGGAGGAGGACGGGCUGGAAGAAGAGGAGGGGUACGGAAGAGAAGAUGAGCGGCGGGAAGGAGGAGGAGGGGACAGCACGUUGCUAGGGCUGCGGUCGCCACAGGGGCAUGUACUGCCAGGCAUGGUGCUGCGCCCCGCGUCCCUCGCUCUCCCUGCUGCACCUGCAGCAGAGACGCCUGGUGGAAAAACACCUCAACAGCACAAGCUGCAGCAGCAGCCAUUGGCGUUUGAUUUGAGUCAAAAGGUACCGAUAUGGGGGCGGGGACAUGGGGAGGAAGAGGGGAGCCGCGGAGGCGGGUUGGCGGAGGAGAGGGGGAAAGGGGGGAGGAGGUCAGAGGAGGAAAGGCGGAAUGGGGAGCAGAUGGGGGAGCAGUGGCUUGGGGGUGGUGUGCAUGGGAUGAUGAUGCUGCCUGGGCGGGGGAUGGGCCGGGGGCGGCUGUCUCGGGACCCCUCCGCCUCCUCCUCCUCUCCCCCCUCCGCCUCCUCUCCUCUCCGCCCCCCUGCGCGCACUGUCUCCCGCGCAAUGGACGCAUGCCAGGCUGCGGGGAUAGGCGCGGGAGGAAUGGUGCCCAGCAGUAACAGUAGGAGCGGUGGGGGCGCGGGGGGCGUGGCAGAGCGCAUGGCAGGGCGCCUGGCAUCUACGCUGUCGGGGAAAUUGAUGGGGCUGGCGCGACUGGGGAGUGGGGUGCUGCUGGGGGAUGGGCGUGGGGGGAAAGGGAUGAAGGUGGGCGGGGGGAGUGGCGGAGGAAAGCACGAAGGCCCUUCCCGACCCGACGCGUCAGCAGCAGGGGGGAGCUUUGCGGAGCUUCUGGGGGGAAGCAGGGCAGAGAAGGGGCUGGGGAGGGGGCGGCUGCGGUCGUCUGGGGGGAGUGGGAUGUGGGCGGAGUGGCACUCCUCCUCCCGUGGCCCCGGUAGCUUUCUCGGCGGCGGCUUGCUGAUUGGCAAAGCUGUGGGCCAAUCGCGGCCUGCCACGGCAGCAGCCCGGGUGUUGAGGUCUCCGACUGGUGGUGGAAGCAACAGCAGUGGCGGUGGUGGUGGUGGUGGUGAUGGGGUUGUCUGUUUUGAGAAUUCUAAAAAAGGUGCGGGGAGGGAGCUAGGGGGGGAGGAGGGGCGGAAGGGAGGGUUGGUGCGAGCAGCAGAAGGCAGUGGGAAGCAGCCUAGGUAUGUGUGCCUUGCGCCUAGUGAGGAUAGCGAGGAGAGUGAGGAGGGGAGCGAGGAGGGGAGUGAGAGAGGGAGUGAGCAGGGGAGUGAGAAGGUUGGUGAGAAGGGGAUGGAGAGGGGGAAUGAGAGGGUUGGUGAUAGGGGGAGUGAGAGGAAUAGUGAGAGGGGGAGUGAGAAGGGGAGUGUGAGGGGGAGUGAGAUGGGGAGUGAGAGGGAGAGAAGAGUGGACUUGUAUGAGGAUGACCGUGCUUCUGUGGCAAGUAGUGAUCAGACAGGGAAGGGAGCGCAGGUGGGUGGUGGUCAAGGAAGCAGCAGCAAGGGGUACCAGUAUGAAGGGGAGCAAGGGGAGUUGUAUGGUGGCAAUGGCAUGGGGCGGGGAGGUGAUGGGAUGGGCGGGAGUGGUGCCGGAGAGAGCGGGCAAGGCAGUGUGGGACGGGGUAGGAAGGGCGUGGAUGAGGGACAAUGGGCGGGCUCGCAUCUUGACAUCCACACCGCACAUUAUGAGACCCACCACUCCCAUCAUGAGGCUCACCCCUCGCAUCACGAGAAGAGCCACCACUUGCAAGAAGCGAACAGGGGUUUUCCGGCUGAGGUGGUGUGGGCUGAUAGUGCGCUUCGUGGCAUUGACGAUGCUCUGUGGGUUGAUCCUGAUAGCAAGAGCCAAGGGCAAGGAGCUUGGGAGGAGGAGGAGGUGGAUGCGGAGGAGGGGCAAGGAGGGGAAGAGGAGGAGGAAGAGGAGGAGGAAGAGGAGGAGGAAGAGGAGGAGGAAGAGGAGGAGGAAGAGGAGGAGGAGGAGGAAGAGGAGGAGGAAGAGGAGGAAGAGGAGGAAGAGGAGGAGGAAGAGGAGGAGGGAGAGAAGGGAUUAAUAAGUGCGAGGGAGCGUAGGGUGAGUCCAUUUGUGGAAGAUGAGGUGAGGGGAGGGUGGAGAGAGGAAGGGAGGUGCGGUAGAGGGGAGGUGGAGGAGGAUGACGAGGGAGAGGGAGAGGAGGGAGAGGAGGUAGUUGUGAAAGGAAGGGAUUCCUGGGAGUCUUGGAAGGGUAGGAACGGGAGUGAGAGGCAUGGAGGGAAGGGCAGGCAGGGCAGCGACUGUGUAGCCCGUCAGGAGGAGGACCUUUAUAGGGAUAGAUGCGCUGGUGGUGCGGAGGAGGAGGAAGAGGAGGAGGAUGAUGAUGAUGGGUGGUGGCGGGAUGGCAGGCGGAGAGACGACAGGAGACGAGAGGAGGCGAUGGAGGAGGAGAGGAGACGGGGGGAGCGAAGGAGGGAGGAGGGGAGGAGACGGGAGGAGGAGAAGAGAAGAGAGGAGGAGAGGAGAAGAGAUGAGGAGAGGAGAAGAGAGGAGGAGAGGAGAAGAGAGGAGGAGAGGAGGAGAGAGGAGGAGAGGAGAAGAGAGGAGGAGAGGAGAAGAGACGAAGAGAGGAGAAGAGAGGAGGAGAGGCGGAGAGAGGAGGAGAGGAUUCGAGAGCAGGUGCGAGCAGAGGAAAGGCAGAAGGUCCUGGAGGAGUUAGAGCGGGAGAGGGAGCAGCGGAGGAGGGCGGAGGGGGAGCUACGGAGGCUGGAGCAGGAGAGGAGGGAGCAAGAGGAGCGCAUGCGGGCAAUCAAGGAGAAGCGGCGAGCAGCCAAGCAGAGGCUAAGGGUUGAUGUUGCCGGGCUGCGCACCCCCACAUCCGCCUUUUCCUCCACUUCCUCCUCUUCUUGCUCCUCCGCCACCUCCUCCCCGGGUUUCUCCCCUCUCAUGUCCUGCCCUGUGAGGUCUCCCUCCCCUCUGUCCGCCUCCCCGCUUUCUGCCUCCCCGCUUUCUGCCUCCCCCCUGUCUGCGUCCCCUCUCUCCUCCUCCUCUCCCUUCCGCAAGACAGCACGGAGCAGCAGGAUGGAGCAGCAGCGAGCGGAGGCGAGAGGGGGAGUGGGACACUGUGAGGUGCCGGCCCGAACUGGCGUGGCUGCGUGGGCUGAUGCUGUGGAUGCUGGGGGGAAGUGGCCCGGGGGUGGAGAUGCGAGGAGGAGAGAGGAAGCGGGUGAGGCCGAGGGAGAGGGUGCGGGAGAGGGGAGGUGGGGGAUGCAGGGGGGGAGCAUGCGACCAGUGACUCCAGAGCCAAUGAGAGCACGACUGACACGGAAGAACCGAGAGGUUAUUCGGCCCAGCAAGGCCAAGAAGAAAAAGAGGGAGAAGGUGAAGGGGAAGGGGAAGGAGAGGGAUGAGACGGAUAAGGAGGGGGAGCAGGGAACGGAAAGGGAGGAGGAGGAGGAGGUGGAGGGGAGGGGAAAGGCUGGGAGGAGAGCUGGUGAUGUGGCGGGGGAGAGGGCUGUGUGGAGUGAGAUGCGGCAGAGAGAGGCAGCGGAGGAUCGGGAGGGCACUGGAUUCGGUUGGGAUGGGAAGAAGGGAGCCGGAAAGGGGAGACACGGAGAGGAGGAAGCGGAGGAGGACGAGGUAGAAGGGGGGGAGAAGGAGGAGGAAGACGAUGAGGAGGAGGAAGGGGAGGAGGAGUGUGAAGGCGGCGAGUUGCAACUAGAGCCGGACGGAACCUUGAACAUUCUCCAGCGGCCGUUUGUGCCAGUUGCAGACAGCUACUGGCUGGACCGCAGUGAGCUGGGGCGCGGCAGGUUCGGCAUCAUCCGGCUGUGCCUGUGCCGCAGGACCGGCGGGAGGUUCGCGUGUAAGACGAUCAGCAAGGAGCUGCUGACGUGCCAGCAGGAUGUGGAGGACGUGCGGAGAGAGGUGGCGGUGAUGGGACUGUUGCACGGCCACCGGCACGUUGCUGCGCUCAUUGACACGUUUGAGGACGACCAGCACGUGCAUCUGGUGAUGGAGCUGUGUGCGGGGGGAGAGCUGUUCGACCGCAUCAAGGCCAAGGGGCGCUACUCGGAGCCGCAGGCAGCGGCCGUGGUGGCCACGGUGGCGCGUGUGCUGCAGCAGUGCCAUGCGGCGGGCGUGAUCCACCGCGAUGUGAAGCCCGAGAACAUCCUGUUGUGCACCAAGCAGAGCGACACUGAUGUGAAGCUCAUUGACUUUGGUGUCGCCACCUUCUUCCAGCCAGGUGUGCCCUGCACGGACAUGGCAGGCAGCCCGUAUUACCUCGCACCAGAGGUUCUCGCAGAGAGCUACGGGCCCGAAGCAGACGUGUGGAGCACGGGAGUGGUGCUGUACAUCCUGCUCUCUGGCCUUCCUCCCUUCUGGGCGCCUAACAACGAGGCCAUCUUCCAAGCCAUCAAGGCCGCCCCCGUGAACCUCGUGCGCCCGCCGUGGCCGUCGGUGUCCGGCGAGGUGCGGGACCUGGUGCGGCGCAUGCUGGAGAAACGGCCGGAAGACCGGAUCACGCUCGCGGAGGUGCUGGAACACCCGUGGAUUUUACGGCACACACGAGCCUCUGCGCCUAGUGAGGGCAGCAUGUAG